UACCCGGAAAAAGGACAUUUUCCGUUUAGCUGUUAAUUUUAAGGAUUUGUAGCAGUUUUUUCCAGAGUUAAAUAAAAAAUAUGUUCAUUUUUUUGGUAAAAUAAUGAGUCAACAUGUACAGCGGACUGCUGCCUAAAGAUUUGACGGAAGAAGACCUCAGUUCAGAGGAGGAAGAAGGCGAUGAAUCAGAAAAUGUGGAGGAUAAUUUAUCUGCUGGAGAUGUAAGAGCUUCGGUGGCUGAUGGAGAAGCCAGUCAGACCGGGAACGAUUCCCAGACAGACAGUUUGCCUGGAAUAUCCCGGGAAAUGUUGGAAAAAUUUCAGGAGCUCCGGAAGAAGAAAGAUGAAAUCAAGACAAUAAAGAUCCACGAAAAAAGAAAAAGAAGACGCAGAAAAGGGAGAAAAUGUGAGGAACCUGCAGAGGACAGGGAGCGACAGGAUGACCGGGAGAAGCACUGGAAGGAGCUGAAGCAGUACUUUGGUGUGAACGAUCGAUUUCAACCCCCUGCUUGCUCUAAGCCGCCUCCGAAGUCCGGCCUAGAAAAGAGCAUGGAGGAGGCCAUCGCUGAAGGGGACAUUGCAAAGGCGGAGGAGAUGAGCGACAGACUCGCCACUCGAGAGAUGGCUGUGCAAAUCGCUCAGGCCGCGGAUUGCCGUGACUUUGUGCAGAGCAAACAGGAAGAGGAAGCUUUGAGGGCAGCAAAGAAGAGGAAGAAGCAGAUAGCCUGGGGGUUUGAGGCGAAGCAGCGAUGGGAAACCAAGAGCAAUAUGGGCUUCAUGUGAUGAAAAUGGAGGAAAAAUGAGCAAAGCUUUUUUUCUCCUAAAUUAAUUUGAUUAAAAUUUGUUUUUUUGUUUUUUUCUUUAAGUAGACUGGUCCUGUUUCUUUUUAUUCUUCUUGCAUGUUUUGAAGGCAUUAAUGCAAGUGAUGUUGGGGGGGGAAAUGUCAGGCAGCCGGCUGAGAGAAAACCAAUCCAGAGUGCAGCAGAGAGGGGGGGGUGAAAUGAGGGAGCAUUCAAAUUAAUUCCUAAGGCGCCCACUGGUGUCUGCAUUGUGUUAUUUUUCAUUACAUUUCAGUGAUUUGAGCGCUCUGGCCCUUUUUUUCCCCCCCUUCCUUUCAAAUUAAAUCUGGUGUACAUUACUGGAUGAUGCGUUUAUUUAUUGCUGUAAAGUGGGUUAAUCAUGAAGGCGCUUCUUUCUUCUGCGCAGGAAGAGAAAGGGGAGAUUAGAGCGCUAAUGCAAUGUACAGGAUAAUGUGCGAUCGGAUUUGGGAGCAGAAAAUGAAAUUUGGCUGCUGUAAACUGUUUUGAGCGGCCGUAAACUGCAAGUUUUGAAACAGAGACUUUGCUGCUGGCCCUCACCCAUGUUGGAAGACGCGCUUUUGUCUCUCAGCCCAAACAAGAGCCACGCGUUUGUUUUUUCUCAAGCCUACACUUGCUGCUCAUUGUGCGCUCAGCUCCCUUCAGCAUCUUUAAACUCGUCUAAAAUCCACAGAUUCCAGUCGCUGCAGCUUUGAUCUUCUUGGAUCUGCAGCGUUUGCUUCCACAGAAACUCAGCUCUUCUGAAAGCCCCUUUCAGACUCCAGGAAAUCUUCAUUCUGAACAGCGUGGAGGGAAAAAAAAAGCAAGAGAGAUAAUUACUUUAUUUGUAAUGAUGGCUUUUUUUCCCUACAACAUAGAAGAUGAUUACUUUGCUUCAAGGUAAUGAGAAUUAAAUUAAAUUUAGCUAAAUUGUUUGCAUUGCACAUAUUGGAGCCGUUCGUCCUCUGGUGAGGUGUGGUAGUCGACAUCAGCAGGGAAAAGUUGGUGGACAAUUAAAGCACAAACUAGCUGAUCUACACAAACCUGGACUGAAACUCCCUUGUAUGUAAUUUUGCAUCCUAGUUCCGUCUCUGAGACACUCUCAGUAGUCGAGAAUUGCUGCUAAUUAAACCGUUAAUUAUCUCCGUAAUGAGAGGAGAGUUAAAACUGUGUCAGGCUCAUCAAAGUACAGCGUGGGAUUUCCCCACUUUGAUGACGGCUGUGAAGAACAUAACUCUGGAGUCAGAAAAAAUCAGUGAGGCUUCAAUAAA